CGUUCGACCGUCAUCCGUUCCCCGUGACGUGCGGGCCGGCACUAGCUUCACGCUCCUGCAUGAAUUCCGGAGGAACCCAACUGGAGGAGCUCGCGUGAGUGGCCCCAUACAGAAGUUUCGUCAUAAGAUGAAAGCUUGGUGAUCUCUUUCGAGUGGGGUGAUUGGUUGGCGGACAUGUCGGCGCUGCCCGUCUGCUCGGCUACUCCGAGCUGUUCUUUGCACAGCCAGAAUUCGCUAAAUGGAGGACUGCAAUCUUUAAACUUUUUCCACAAGGACUUCAACUACGGAUGCUUUUUGAGGGACAAGAUUUUUCCAGCUUCGCUUGAUGGAAAGAGCCUUCAAAGACAUGCCUGUAGAGCGCAGGCUACUAAAUUCUCCUAUACUGACAUCGACAGUGGCAUUGGAAAAUCAUUCUCGAGUUCUUCCAUAGUAACUACCAGCGAGCCACAUGAGGAGGAGAGUUGGCGUCUGAGAUUUGUAGAAAGUUCUGAGCUGCCUUCUGUCCAAGAAGGAGUGAUGGAAUUUACUGAUCAAUCAGCUGAAAAUGCUUCCACAUUUUCAGAAUCGAUGGAUGCUGGAAAAGUAUCAAUUCCUGAUGUAGCACCAGAUAUUCCUGCCUCAGUUGAACCUGAUAUAGCACCAGAUAUUCCUGCCUCAGUUAAUGAGCCCCUUUCCCUGAGUACUGACUUGAUAGACGGUGGAAAAUCCAGUGCUGAGGAUAUCAUUUCCAAAGUCACAGAUUCCAUCAACGAGUUAGUAAACAAGGGAGAGAGCACUCUAAGAAGCACUUUAGAUUUGAUUUAUUCCUCGGUGGGAACUGCUAUCAAAGGAGCUAAUGAUGUGAUAGAUAAUGCUUCCAGCAAAGUGUUCUCUAAUGGGAAUCAGAUUGGAGAAGCAGCUGGUGAUAGAUACACAAAUAUCACGAGUGACCUUAAAGGAGCAGCAACUAAGGCAGCUAUUACUGGUGUUGAUGUGCUGAGACAGACAAUUGUUGUGGUGGAGGAUUCUUUGACCAAGGGCGCUUCUUUUAUUGUUUAUUCAUAUAGUUCUGCCAAGCAAUCGCUCCCUCCAGAGUUUAGGGAUGGACUUAAUUUUUCAGAAGAGAAAACAGCAGAAAUUCUGACACCUGUUGGAGUUGCUUUUCAACAGGUUUACACAACAAUUGAGGAGCUGGAGAGAAGUCUUGGUUUGGACCCAAAUGAUCCAAUUGUUCCCUUUGCUCUUUUCCUUGGCACUGCUUCUUCCUUUUGGGCUUUUUACUGGGCACGGACAUACAGUGGUUAUUCUGGAGAUUUAUCUCCCAACGCAACGUUAGAGCUCUUAAUGGGAAGGGAGGGUGCUGUACUUAUUGAUGUUCGGCCCGAGGUUCUUAGAGAAUCUGAUGGCAUUCCUGACCUUAGGCGUGCUGCUCGUUUUCGUUAUUCAAGUAUAUCCAUACCUGAGGUUGAUGGCUCUUUGAGGAAGCUCCUAAAAGGUGGUAGAAAUGUUGAAGACUCCUUAACUGCAGUUGUUAUUCGGAACUUGAAGAUGGUUCAGGACAGGUCAAAGGUAAUAAUUUUGGAUGCAGAUGGUUCCCGAUCAAAAGGGAUUGCUAGAUCUUUGAGAAAAGUUGGAAUUAAGAAAUCGUACUUGGUCCAAGGCGGCUUCCAAUCUUGGGUGAAACAGGGUCUCCGUAUUAAGGAGCUCAAACCUGAGACAACACUUACUGUACUCAAUGAGGAAGCUGAGGCGAUACUGGAGGAGAUCAACCCCUCUCCUUUGCAACUUUUUGCUUCUGGUGUGGGUCUUGUGGCUGUGUUAUACGCACUUGUUGAGUGGGAGAAGACUUUACAAUUUAUUGGAGUCAUUGGCCUUGGCCAGACAAUUUAUCGGCGGAUUGCUUCUUACGAGGACUCGGAAGAUUUUAGGCAAGACCUGAGGUUGCUGUCUGGUCCUGUCAAAGUUGGAGCUGAAGCUUUUGCUUGGGCUGCCGGCAAAUUGGAAACGAAUGGCCUCGGGCUGCCGACAUCGCCCUCAUCCACCGACGUGCAAAAUCGGGUCCUACAGGCUGCUGCGAGGCAUGAAUCUCAGCCAUCUGAUGAUCCCGAAACCGAAAACCUUCCUGCAGAAUCACUCUCCCCUGGGAGUGAGAGCGCUGAUCUCUCCGAAGCAUGAAGGGGUCGAUUUUCCUUGCGAAGAGUAAAUUCUCUUGUGCAAAGAUUUCAUAGCUUGUGAAUGAUUUGUGAAGCUGGAUACACUUAGAAGAGUGAAAUUAAAUAAAUUUUCCUUUAAGAAAACUUACCAUGUAAUAUGAGUAAAGUUGAUUUUUUUUUUUGUCCAAUUUCAGAUUAUGAUUAGCCAAAGAAGAACCAAGGGAAAAUUAAUUUACUUUGGCAAAAUCAUUUCCAUAACUUCCAAA